AUGGCCAAGUCUCGGCGUGGGCUGGCGCCUGCCCGGCACAGCCUCGGGCUGUUUAUGUUUCUAGCUGCCGGCCUCCUCUUGGCCAACAUCGCUUCGGCAAGAGUACUGGCUGCCGCAGAUGGCCAGGCCGGCGAUCCCGACUACACAUGUUCCGCAGACAAGCCGUGUGCCAUCGGCUGCUGCGGGACGAACGGCAUCUGUGGGAUGGGACCCGACUACUGCAGCGCCGCGAAUUGCAUCAACUCGUGCGAUGCUAAGUCGGAGUGUGAUCCUUCAAACUGGGGUCCCCAGUACGCUGCCAGUGAGAAGUGCCCCCUGAAUGUCUGCUGCUCCAAGUUCGGCUUCUGUGGCACGACAGAGGAGUUUUGCGGCACUACACAAAUCGCCAAUCCCAGUUGCCCUGGCGGAAAGUCGGCGCUCCAACGGACCAUCGGAUAUUACGAAGGUUGGGGUGUUGGCCGAUCUUGCGAUGCUAUGCUUCCGGAGCAGAUCCCGGUUGAGGCAUACACACACAUCAACUUUGCCUUUGCCAUGAUCGACCCGGUCUCUUUCUCAGUCGCCCCUAUGAGCAGUGGCGAUGUAGAUCUGUAUCCUCGUCUAACGGCUCUCAAAGCCUUGUUUCCGAAUCUCAAAGUAUGGAUCUCGAUCGGCGGGUGGUCUAUGAACGACCCUGACCAACCGACGGCUACAACGUUCUCGGACCUUGCGGGGUCGACGGCAAACCAGCAAAAGUUCUUCGCCUCGCUUAUCGCAUUCAUGAGCCAGUACGGUUUCGACGGUGUCGAUAUUGACUGGGAGUAUCCCGUGGCAGAAGAAAGGAGUGGCCGACCCGAAGAUUAUGUGAACUUCCCUAUCUUCCUGCGAAAUAUGAGAAACGCCUUCCAAGCGGUGGGCAAGAGCUGGGGUAUAACCAUAACACUGCCGAGCUCCUUUUGGUAUUUGCAGCACUUUGAUAUUGUCAAGCUCGAACCUGUCGUGGAUUGGUUCAAUAUGAUGGCUUACGUCGCGGCUCACACCAACUUGACCGAAAUUGACCAAUCCCUGAAGCUCAUGUGGCGAAAUAACAUCAACCCAGCCAAAGUUGUCCUCGGUCUUGGCUUCUAUGGGCGAAGCUACACUCUCGCAGAUCCCUCAUGCAACAGACCGGGAUGUCAGUUCACCGCGGGCGGACCUGCCGGGCCUUGUACAAACUCGGUUGGAACUCUCUCGUACGGCGAGGUCAAACGACUUGUGGAUGCCGGCGCCAAACCGGUCCUGGAUUCGAAGGCGGCCGUCCAGAUGUUGACCUAUGGCGGCAACAACUGGGUUUCGUACGACGAUGAAGUAACACUGAAAAUGAAGAUUGAUUAUGCCAACAACAACUGCCUGGGUGGUACUAUGGUCUGGGCCGCGUCGACCGACGACUCGAGAGGCUCGGCGGCAGCGGCAUUAAAGGGGGCGAGUGGGCUAAACCUACCAAGAUCUCAAAUCGGUAUCGUCAUUAUCCCCGACAACCCGGGCCUCUGUUCGUGGACCUCGUGCGGCGGGAAAUGUCCGGCCGGAACCACGGCGGCAGCCUACCUCCUGGACGCCUGUCCGCAGCCAACCAGCAACCCGUUUAACUACCGGCUCUUUUGCUGCCCAUCCAACGACGUGCCGGAGUGUAACCUUCGUGUUCAGGACUUACAGGGUCAGACCUGCAUCCCUGGAAAUUGUCCGGCGGGAACACAGUUGCUGGCGACGACGCAGUUCAUCCUUGUCCCCUUCCAAUUGUGCCCAGCCGGAGGCCACAUCAACUGGUGUUGUUCGCAGAGCAAGUCCCUGAGCAACACACUCGGCCAGUGCUCGUGGACCGACUGCGGCGGCAGCUGCCCCAGCGGCACUACUUCACUCACCCAGACGCUUACGGGCGACGGGGGAGACACACCUUGCACAAGUGGCCGUCGUAGUCUCUGUUGCCCAACAAGCGGAGGGAGCAGUUUCAUCUCCAGUACCUGUGGCUGGUACCGUAACGCCUUCCACAACACAUGCACGCCGGGAUGUCCACAAGGCAAGGUCCAGCUAGCCGUCGAUUCGGCCGGAGCAAACUGUGUCCGUGGUUACGGCUCUUUUUGCUGCGAUCCACCGGUAAACUCGCUCGCCAGCCGCGGUGAUCCGCAGAUGCAGGCCUUCCAGAGAUUCGUCCAUAACUUCAUGACGUCUGGUACAUGUUCUAUACACGACGGGCCUGUCCCACGGCGGAAGAGGCAGUUCGGCUCGAUCCUCUUUCCAGACACCCACGACAUGUCUAUCAAGCUGGGCCCCCUUCUCUAUGACUGGGUGUGGUCAAGGUCAGAGCGUAGCUAUAUUACCCCUUUCCAACAAAUUUGGGACGAGGAACGGGCUUCGAACGGCAACGUCUUCCCUUCUUUCGACGACCUCGCAAAUGGUCUUGCGGACUACAACCCGAUCGACGGAAACUCCGUCGACUAUCUCAACAACAUUCUCUGCUAUGGCAAGCUGGGUGCGGCUUCUCUCAGCGGUAACAAGGCUACUUCGUCUCACCUGUGCGUCGAGGUCGGCGGGCAGGUAAGAAAGCGAGGCGACGUGAUCGACUUCAUCCCCCGUGAGCGGCGUCACUCGGUGACCAAAGCAACCAUAGAGUCCGCCGCUCUUAACAAAACCAGCAAGCGAUGGUUCAUCGACGACUGGACCGAAGGGGGCUCGAGGCAAUACCACUGGCCUACCACUGGCGAUGCGUUUGAUCUUGCGAGCAGUGGUACCCUGCGACCGGAGUUUUAUAACUUCUUUAGGUACCAGGGCGAUCAAAUUGAGAUGGAAAUCGUCUUCCUCCUUGGACCGAACCCCAACAACCUGGCCUCCUUCCUACAAGCCACAGACAGGGACCGCUUCAUGGUGAUGCAUAUCCACUUCAACGCGAACGGCCUGAUCAAUGGAAACCUCGCCAUCGACCAGAUCAACCUCCGCCACGCCGAGCGCAUCCAAGCCCAAGAAGAGCCCGCAAUUCCCGGCCGGUUCCGCGCUGGCUUGGUCGAGCCCGGCGGAGAAGAGUGCUUCGUCUGCCAGGACAGAACAACAGGCAUGGACCCGGCGACGACAAUCCCACCGGGAAACCUGCGAGAGGAACUGGUCCUCGAGGUGGUUCAGCUGAUCCGCCGCUGGGGCGCCAACGGGAACCUCCUUAACACGGCGAACCCAGACCCCACGCUACUACAGCGUGUCGAAUCCGGUAUCAACGCGGGAGCCCUCGUGAGGGACAGCACCGGAAACACUGUUAACAUGUUCAACGGCGCGAGGUUCGCCAACGGCCGAGGCGGCUUGGCUUUUGCUCCGGACGGUUCGCUAUAUAAUCCCUUUACGCGGAACGGAGGGGAUAUUGUCAACACGGACGGAUUCUAUGUGCGUCUCAACGGACAGCCUUUUUAG